GAUAAGACCUUAAUCAUGCGGAAGAAUUUUUGCCUCCUAACCAAUAACCGAAUCUAUGAGUUCCUUUCAACGCCACCCCAUUGCCACGCCCUUCUCGUCCCCGAUAAGUCACGUGGGGCUGAGCCUUUCAAAACCGCCUCUCCGGAAUGGCUCCUGAAAGGCAAGGGGUCGGGCUUACGCCUGUUAUGGCCUUCCCUCUGGCUCACGUGAUUAUUGUUCUUGUGAGUCCAGGCUCUCACUUGGCCCAAAGGCUGGCGAGCGGAGGCAGUUGUGAUUGUUGCGGCGGCUAAUGGGGGAGCCGAUGCCCGUAGGAGCGCCAGUCCCGGUGGAGCAGGCAGUGCUGGAGACGUUUUUUUCUCAUUUAGGCAUCUUUUCUUACGACAAGGCCAAGGACAAUGUGGAGAAGGAGCGCGAAGCUAACAAGAAUGCCGGGAGUAGCUGGCUUUCACUUCUGGCGGGGCUGGCCCAUCUGGCGGCGGCUGAAAAAGCCUACCAUAACAUGACCUUCCUGGGCCAGAAGCUAGGUGGGCAGUCAUUCUUCAGCCGGAAGGAUUCUAUACGAACUAUAUAUACGUCUCUGCAUAAUGAGCUGAAGAAGGUGGUAGCAACCGGUCGGAAUGCAGUGGGAGGAACAGCUCCUCACCUUGAAGAACUGCUUUCUCAUCUUUCUGAACAGCUCUGCUUCUUUGUCCAGGCUCGGAUGGAAAUUGCUGACUUUUAUGAAAAAAUGUACAGCUUCAGUACCCAAAAGUAUAUAAACUCAGAGGAACUGAUAAAUAUUUGGGAAUCCAUCCUGAAAAGAUACAGCUCAAGAUUUCAUCACCCAAUCCUUAGUCCUCUGGAGGGCAAUUUCCAGUUAGAAACUGAUGUGCUUAUGCAUCUUCUGAAGGCUCAGGCCCAGAUCUCUGAAUGGAAGUUCCUCCCAUCCUUGGUCCACUUGCACAAUGCUCACAUGAAAUUGCAGACAUGGGGACAGAUUUUUGAGAAGCAGCGGGAAACAAAGAAGCAUCUCUUUGGUGGCCAGUCUCAGAAAGCUGUUCAACCUCCAUAUCUUUUCCUGUGGCUAAUGAAACUCAAAAAUAUUCUCCUUGCCAAAUUUAGCUUUUACUUUCAUGAGGCACUUAGUCGACAAACAACCUUAUCUGAAAUGAAAACUUUGACUGCAAAAGCUAAUCCUGAUUAUUUUGGGAAAAUCUCCAGCUUCAUCAGGAAAUAUGAUGCUGUUAAUGUUUCAUUAAUCUUUGACAAUCGUGGCUCAGAGAGCUUUCAGGGACAUGGUUAUCAUCACCCCCAGUCCUAUAGGGAAGCCCCAAAGGGUGUAGAUCAGUAUCCAGCAGUGGUUUCACUGCCCAAUGACAGGCCUGUCAUGCACUGGCCUAAUGUCAUCAUGAUUAUGACUGAUAGAGCUUCUGAUCUGAAUACUUUGGAAAAGGUUGUCCAUUUCUAUGAUGACAAAGUUCAGAGCACGUACUUCUUGACCCGACCUGAACCUCAUUUUACCAUUGUGGUUAUUUUUGAAUCCAAAAAGUCUGAGAGAGACUCUCAUUUUAUCUCUUUCCUCAAUGAAACUUCCUAUUCUCUUAAGAACUCUAAAGCUUUUGCGAGCCUGAAGCCGGGAUCCAAAGGGUAAGAGGACUAUUAAAACAAAAUAGACAACAGUAACACAACAAGUUCGAAACAUCCUCAAAAUAGGCAUUUGUAUAUGUUGUCAUUUUAAUAACCAUUUAAUUAUGAACAUUAAUUAUUAAGCAUUUUUGGAAUGAAAAAUCAGAAUUAUAUAGAAUUGAACGGGAACAUGCAAAUUACACAAAUGUGCACUAAAAUUAUCAGUAUGGAAUUUUGAUUCACUUUUAUUUUGUCUGUGACCCUUCUUGUUCUUCCUAUAUGCACUUUAUCUUUUGUUACUGCAGGGUCUCCAGAAAAUUUGGUUGAAGAUUUCAACCCAGAACCCACUGUCUUCUCUUAAAGUAUUUUUCAGUCAUAGUCACUGGAAAAUGCUAGAACUUAGAAAUACAAUGAGGGAAAAAAUUAUUUGAUCCCCUGCUAAUUUUGUACGUUUGCCCACUGACAAAGAAAUGAUCAAUCUAUAAUUUUAAUGGUAGGUUUAACAGUGAGAGACAGAAUAACAACAAAAAAUC